AUGAUCGUGGGUAUUGUGGAAUGGUUGGUUCGAACAAUUUGGGUUCAUAAGCGCAAUUGUUGGGUACAGGACUUAUUCUUGGAUUUACGCAGUGGCUACCUCCUUGUUCGGUUGUUGGAAAUACUCACCAAUGAAGUCCUUGGACUAGAGUACAUUGAGAGUCGCGUGCAUUGGAUACAGAACGUGCAACGAGUUCUUAAUUUCCUACGCUAUCGUGGAAUUCGUAUAGUCAAUAUUCGAGCCGAUGAAAUUGUGGAUGGCAAUCCGAAAUUGACACUUGGUCUCAUAUGGAUCAUCAUCCUUCACUUUCAUCUCGCGGAAGUGUUGCACAAUCGGGGCGCUAUACGAAAUUUGCUCCGAAUGGAGACGUCCGUGGAUGAGGUCACACGUCAGAGUUUGUUAGACUGGUGUCGUACCGCAACUGCAGGUUAUCCCGGAGUGUUUGUUCGUGACUUUACCGACUCGUGGCGCGAUGGACGUGCGUUUCUUGCGCUGAUUCAUCGAUACAAACCCCGACUAAUCGAUUUUCGGCGCGUUGAUGCUCAAACAGCAAAGCAGAAUAUUGAAUGGGCGUUCUCAUUGGCUGAACUCGAAUUACAUGUGGCUCGACUUUUUGAUUCAGAAGAUGUUUCUGCUUUUUCUGAUGAAAAGUCUAUAAUGACCUACGUUGCUUCAUUGUACGAGGCUCUUGCGGGCGAGAACCCCAUUGUUCCUCCCAUGCCUUCUUUGUACGGUGAGGCCAUAUCGAGUACAGCGGCACAGAUGGCCGGUGUUACGAGUGAAGCUUCCAAACAGCUUCAGUCCCGCUGGUCGGAAUAUCGCGCACUGGCAUCUGAUCUCGCUCAGUGGCUUCGUUCGACUGCUGAUCGAAUGGCUUCUCGACAUUUUCCUCCAGACCUAGAAAGCAUGCAGCAUCGGAUAUUGGACGAAUUAAAGCGACAUCGUCGAGACGAACGACCGCGGCGCGAACGUGAGCGCCAACAAUUGGUUCGUAUGUUCGAAGAAUUAAAGCCUGCUCUGCAUUCCGGACAGUUGCCAAACGAUCCAUUUCUGUCGAUCGACCAAAUUCACCGUCUUUGGGGUGAGUAUGAUGUAGCUCUGCAAGAACGAGAAAUGGCCGCUCGCAGCGAGACGAAUCGUUUGGAUAGACUUCAGUGGGCUGGUGAUCGUGUGGUCCGCGAGUGUAAGGCGGUCGAUGCUCAACUCACCGGAUUGGAACGUCAUUUACACGAGACUUCCUCUGGUUUGGACGCAAGUAGAAGAUUCGGGAUACACUUGGAUCGAUGGGCGGAACAGUUGGGCGUGGUUGAAACUCGUAUCAAUGGCUUGUUCAAUCAGGUUCAACAUCUGCGCAGCGGACGGUAUACUCAAACAGACCAAAUUUAUCGCGACGUCUGCACAUUGCAUCAACGUUUAUUGGACCUUCAGCGCCGUUUCCGCAAUCGCGUACAAACAAACGGAUUUCACAGCACCAUAACAUCAAUCACAGCGACUCCGGCAUCGGUGGUGGGUCGUGUAGUUUCACCCGGUUCCCGAUUAGUUCAUGACCAGACAGAUGAACGCUACGAAUUUCUCACACCUAUUCAACGUUGUCUGAAGUGGAUUGAAGAACAUCUGGUUGCAGUGGAGGAGGCGAGCUAUGGGACUAAUUGGAAAAGUCUAAUCAUCAGAUUUCGUCUACAUGUUAAACUGAAAAGUGUCUAUCGUAUUUUGUCUUUAUUCUCCCGUAUUUGUCUCGCAUGCACUCUAACCACCAACGCAGCGAUUGAGGAAGCAGCUCGGAGACACGAGCAUACGCAUCGUGAGAUCCUCGCUUUCCGUCAGGAGGUUGAACGUUGUCGCAAUCAGCAGUCAAAGGUUAUCUACCAACAACGUGACUCGCAAGUGUUUGAAGAAUCCAUGCACGCGCUGGAUGAGGCAUAUAACAAACUGACGGAUGCUUCUGCUCGGCGUGGAGAAUUGGCCAAACAGUUGCUUGAUUUUGUCCGGCGUGCGGAACAUGAAUUGGCCUGGUUGAGGGAACAAGAAUCGCGUGAGGUGAAUCGUGACUGGAGCCGAUCAGAUUGCCUCGAUACGGAUGAAAUUCGCACUUUUGCACAAAGCCUUAUGGAACAGCUUCGUGAUCGUGAAAUUGUUUACAGUGAAUUAAAUUCCAUUGGUUCAUCAAUGCAAUUGGAAAAUCAGUCAGCUGCCGAGUUAGUUCAGUCCUAUUUGACCGCUUUGGAUCGACAUUGGUCUUGGUUCCUCCAGUUGAUGGGAUGCUUGGAAACGCGAUUGGAACAAGUGAAACGCAGUCGAGAGUUCUACGGUGAUGCUUCGCGCUGUGAGGCUGCACUGAAUGCCAAUUUGAGUCUGCUGUGUACAGAGUUCGGUCCGAAUCAACAACCGCGGUCCUCGAAAGAGGCUAGCCAGAUGAAGGUCAAACUUCAGACUAUUAUUGCACAAGUUGCGGAACUGGAGUCCCAGGUGAACGUCAUCGUUCAGACUAGUCAGGAAAUUCUCCCGUCUGUGUUGGAUAGAUCGUCCUCACCAGGUCUGGUCGGGCCAUCUCAAGCGACAAAUGGGGCAACCGAUAGACCAGUUGAGCACCCAUUUCUGGGUCAUUCAGUUCGCGCGAUCUGUUGUUUCAAGUCUUCGGAUUAUUGGGUUGAUAAUCAACCAGCAUCCAGUAAAUUCGAUGCCGUGGUCAACCCGGUAAUAGGACACACCUAUUGGCCUGCUGGUGAGGAACCGAGUGCAUUUGAGAAAGGUGAUCGAUUGGUCGUCGUAGAUACUGCAGACAUAAGAGUCUGGAAGAAGUUACAUGCCGAUGGUCUGCGUCAUCUUCUUGCCUUACGUUUGAGCAAUCGGCCUGCUGCAGAGAUUGAUUCGUUCCAGAAACAGCUUGACAUAUUCCAACAGCUUUAUUCGGAUUAUACUCAGAAAUUGAGUCAUCCGAUUGAAUCAGCCAGUAGUGACUCUGAAGAGCAACAGCAGCGGGUGCUGACUGUUGUUGAGAAAUUACGUGGUGUAUUCGAUACCCUAGCUGCUCGUCUUCAGGCUUGCAGUGCCGAACCUCUACCAGGCUGUCUCACUGAUCUGGAAAAUCGAAUUCGUGACCACAAAGAAUGGACUCAGGAUCUCGCCCGUGCACGAACGCAAUGUCUUGAGUUGGAUCAGUACAUCAAGAGCCAUCCGGAUAUGCUAGCUUUGUCAGCCUUGUCCAUUCAUACACAGUCUCUUCGUAGUGCUUCCAGCCAGUUACAGCUUUCUGGUCAGGGAAGGGCUCACCUUCUGGCCAACACAGAUGCUUGGCUUGUUCAUUUGGAUGAAGUGGAUCAGGCUUUGGUGCAGUGUGAAACGCGGCUUCUUACUUCCGCCGUGCAUAACCACGGUUUGAUGCAUGUGGAUUGUCCACUGGAACCUGCCAAUCCAGAUGGAGCUGUAGCCGAACGUCUUCCGUCACUUCGCAACGAAUUAGAUGUUUUGGCUCAACAACUUGACAGUAUGUCUACUGUUGCAACCGAGGGUCUUUCACGUUCGGCAACCAGUGAUAAUGUAAUCACUGAUGCAUCACUUCUGCAACUAUUAUUGCCGGCCGACAGUCAGGCAUUGGAAUUGAACUUGGCCGCCUCACAUCGACGCCUGGGGGCGGCCACGAAACAAGUAGAAUUGGAGCUGAAAUUCUUUGGGGAUGCUUUGCGUCAGUUUACUUGUUAUCGAACGAUGCGAGAACAAACAAUUGAACGAAUGAACGAGUUGAGCAAGCGUGCUGUUGCGAUAGGCGAGUUGGCUCGUUCAGUUGGCUUAGAUCGUGGACCAGAUACGAACCUGAUCAAGGCUGCCCUACUCCAA